UCUCUCGCUUUUUUCCCAAAGUAGCUAUCUUCUUCACCAAUAUCCAUGUCUCUUCUGAUCAGAUCCUCCUCCUACGUCUCUCACCUCACUCUCUUCCAACCUAGAAACUCAAAACCGUCCUCUUUCACCAAUCAAAUCUCCUUCGUUUCUUCUUUCAAUCAAAACCCUUUUCUCAAUUUGGUCUAUAAACGAAACCCAAUAAUGCAAUCUGUUUCGAAAAUGACUGUUAAGAGCUCAUUGAUUGAUCCCGACGGUGGUGAAUUGGUGGAAUUGAUUGUACCGGAAUCUGAAAUCGGAGCGAAGAGAGCUGAAUCAGAGACGAUGCCGAAAGUGAAGCUGACGAAGAUUGAUCUUGAGUGGGUUCAUGUGAUUAGUGAAGGCUGGGCUAGUCCUUUAAAAGGGUUCAUGAGAGAAGAUGAGUAUCUACAAAGUUUGCAUUUUAAUUCUCUUAGAUUAAAAAAUGGGACUUUUGUGAAUAUGUCUCUUCCUAUUGUUCUUGCUAUUGAUGAAGAGACUAAGGAACAAAUCGGAUCAUCCAAGAAUGUUGCUCUUGUUAGCCCUCAAGGAGAUAUCAUUGGUUCUCUUCGAAGUGUGGAGAUAUACAAUCUUGAAAACUGA